CUUAAUUAUUGUUGUACAGCUAGUAAUAUACACAAAAAGUCAAGUUGUAUAACUUUUAAGACCAUUGCUUUAACUGCCCUGCAAAAUCUGCUCUCCUAGAGUGUGGUGACUCAGAGUAAGAUGGUAUUCAAUCAAGGCAGCACAGAUCCAUUGGUAUGCCUCCAGUGUCCAACACUGACACAAUUAUUUCCAGUUUGACCUGGGCACAUGUUUCUCCUCUAUAUAUGUUUGUUUGGGCUCUUGUACGGCACUUCACUGCCCAGUCCCUUCGGUCAACCAUGCCUUCAAUACUCUUCACUAUUCUGCUAGCUACCUUAGCUGCAGGAGCAAGUAUUUCUGGCCCUGAGAGCUCAGCCCCCAAGCAGAAGAGAGGAAUCUUUGGAAGCUACUAUGCUUCUGCACCUUAUAGCUCAGCUGUGGUAGCCCAUGCACCUGUAACUGUGGCCCAUGCACCUGUGUUGUCUGCACCUGUCUACCAUGCACCUGUAGUAGCCCAAGCUCCAGCUGCUACUUCAUACUCCAGCUUUUCUAUUACCCACACACCCAAAGUGGCCUAUGCCGCAGCACCUGUAGCCGUAGCUCAUGCUCCGGUCGCAGUAGCACAUGCUCCAGUUGCUGUAGCACAUGCCCCAGUAGCAGUAGCACAUGCUCCAGUCUAUCAUGCACCAGUAUAUGCUGAACAUGCACCAGUAUAUGCUGAACAUGCACCAUUUUAUUCACACAGCUUUUACCAUUGAGCUAUGUCAAUAAAUUGAACUAUUUAAAUA